GAGAAAAAAGACAUCCGCCUUAGGGAAGCGCGAGAAAGCUUAUGAGGAGAAGCUAGUGAGAUCCUCGUUCAAAAAAAAAAAAAAAAAAAAUAAGACGGUGUUUUUUUCCGUUUACUGUAGUUUUCAGUUCGACCGAGCUUUGAACAUUUUAUUUGUUUCUUAUUUCGCGUAUACCUAAUCAGACCGAAUAUAGCGGUUUGGAAAAAACUAAAUUUAAUUUAAUGUCAGUCCCGCGCGCCACGCAUUUGAGCGGCUUCGGGAAGUGAAGGCUAACGUUAGGCGGGCUCCGGCUGUGUGGAAAUACGAAGAACCAACCAGUUGUUUCGCUCUUUGUUAACGUGGAAUGAGAUUCCAUUCAUCCAUCCUGUCUGUUGCACAAUGGAUGUCUGUUCUGUCUGCCUAAUCGCCCAAACUAAGACACAUUGUAGCAGGAAUAGUCUAUUCAGAGGAUAGCAAUAGCCCCCCCUCAUUCCACCCUCCCCCUCAGCAUUACACAUCAGUUUAAAUACGGCAGUGCAGUCUUUUGCUGGUGUCUGGACUGCUUUAAAUUGCUGUUUUAGCAGAGGGUGAAGGUAGGUUGGUUUGGGGUUUAAAAAAAGUUUUAGAAACACUAGUACCUCAGCUAUUUAAAUAAUUCUAGAGUGGUGCUUGAAUUAAGGGCUUAGCUAAAUUUGAAAGUUGUAGGAUUGCGAAUAAAACUUGAAAGGGAAAACACACACAAUGGUGUCAACAACUUUGGCCACAGUAACACUGAUGAGCACCCUUGGGCUGGCCACCCAGGGGCCAAUGACCGAAUACCUGUGGCUCCUGGUGCUCGGCUUUGUUAUAGCCUUCAUCCUGGCCUUUUCCGUGGGUGCCAAUGAUGUCGCCAACUCGUUUGGCACUGCGGUUGGGUCUGGCGUGGUCACCCUGAAAGUAGCCUGCGUCCUUGCAACUGUGUUUGAGACUCUGGGCUCUGUGAUGCUGGGGGCCAAGGUCAGCGAAACCAUCCGCAAAGGUAUCAUCGACGUGAACAUGUACAAUGGGACGGAGUACCUUCUCAUGGCUGGCUCUGUCAGCGCCAUGGUUGGCUCUGCUGUGUGGCAGUUGCUAGCUUCUUUCCUGAAACUGCCCAUUUCUGGUACUCACUGCAUUGUAGGAGCCACCAUUGGCUAUUCACUGGUGGCAAAAGGUCAACAGGGAGUCAGAUGGUUAGAGCUUCUACGAAUUGUUGUCUCUUGGUUCCUGUCUCCUCUCCUUUCUGGUCUCAUGUCUGCCAUUCUCUUCUAUUUUGUCCGUAUAUUUAUCUUGCAGAAGAAGGAUCCGGUACCCAAUGGACUGAGGGCUUUGCCCGUCUUCUAUGCUGUUACUAUGGGAAUCAACCUUUUUUCCAUCAUGUUUACAGGAGCACCGAUGCUAGGGCUUCGAUAGCUGCCCUGGUGGGGCGUCCUUCUGAUCUCCAUCGGAUGUGCCCUGCUCACUGGCCUCAUUGUCUGGUUCGCCGUUUGCCCCUGUCUCAAGAAGAAGAUUGAACGUGAGAUCAAGUCUUCCAGUCCCUCAGAGAGCCCCCUAAUGGAGAAGAAGGACAUGGCAGAGGUCCACUGUCCCAUUCUCAAAACGGUUCCUGAGGAAGCCAUGCCCGCCCCGGCCUUGCACCACAGCCAGGGCUUGCCUAUGUCUGAGGAGCGCAGAGUUACCUUUGACAUCGGAGACUCGGAAGACGCCGAACCCAAGGAGACAGAACUCAGCAAUGCUCCAAAAACAGUGCAUGUUCAGUUCAACAAUGGCCCAACACACGUUCCCAGCAAUGGCUAUAGCCAGUAUCACACAGUCCACAAGGACUCGGGCCUCUACAAGGAUCUGCUUCACAAACUCCACCUGGCCAAGGUGGGCGACUGCAUGGGUGAGGGUGGAGACCGGCCAAUCCGGCGCAACAACAGCUACACCUCAUACACCAUGGCCAUCAUCGGCCUCCAUGGUGAGAUCAGGCCUCGGGAGUCGGAGCUCCGGCCAGCUGACGACGGGGACAAGGACAAGGCAGGUGUGCAGGAGCGGAAGAGGAUCCGCAUGGACAGCUACACCAGCUACUGCAACGCUGUGGCAGAGCACAGUGCCCCUCACGGGCUUGAAGAGGGAGAGGUCACCCUGGAGAUGGCCGAGGAGGAUGGAGGCAGCAGCAGGAUCUCUCUGGAAGAGGACCGGGCUGACGCGGAUAAGCCAGAGGUCUCCAUGCUCUUCCAGUUCCUGCAGAUCCUCACCGCUUGCUUUGGGUCUUUUGCUCACGGAGGAAAUGACGUCAGUAACGCUAUUGGUCCACUUGUGGCGCUGUGGCUGGUCUAUCAGAGCAGCUCUGUGGAGUCCAGCGCACCAACUCCCAUCUGGUUACUGCUGUAUGGAGGAGUGGGAAUCUGCGUUGGCCUCUGGGUGUGGGGCCGUCGCGUUAUCCAGACAAUGGGCAAAGACCUGACUCCUAUCACUCCCUCCAGUGGGUUCAGUAUAGAACUGGCCUCGGCUGUCACGGUGGUUGUCGCCUCCAACAUAGGACUUCCUGUAUCCACUACCCACUGCAAGGUGGGCUCUGUGGUGGCUGUGGGCUGGAUGCGUUCCCGCAAGGCCGUGGACUGGCGUCUUUUCCGGAACAUCUUCAUGGCCUGGUUCGUGACUGUGCCCAUCUCUGGCCUCAUCAGCGCUGCCAUCAUGGCCCUCUUCAAAUAUGCCAUCUUCGACUAAGGCCCUCCAUUACGGGGUGCCUGCUGCACCCUUUUCCAUCCGCAUUUAGAAACAUGAGAGGUGCCCUCUAUCGCUGCCUUGCUACCUUCUAGCCUUCCGGACUCUUCCGGUGGAGGGGAGAGCUUGCAAAAUGCAGGUUUUCCUUAUGUCUAUUCUUCCUUAGCUAGAGUGUGCGAUUUGUGGCUUCUGGAGUUUCUCGGCCUGCGUUGACAAUUCUUGCGUACACCUGAUCAUUUGCCAUGGGAGCAGGUUUAUUUCCUCAGUUUUGUUUUGUUUUUUGGAGUAGAUGAAUUAUUGCCAUCUAAAUAGUCAUCUCUUUUGUAAAUAGUUAAACCAAGAAAGUUUCUUGAUGUAAUUAUGUACAUAUUAAUUUUUUUUAAUUUUUUUUUAAGGUGACAGAAUAUUUCCAUUGCAGUAUUAGCCUUACUGAAACAUUUGUAUACACUUAAUACCAUUCAUUUAGAGUGUUUGGUUCCAAACGAGGUUGCUGGUUUUUGUUUUGUUUUUUGUUUGUUUUUGUUCCCCCCCCUCCCCCCCUUAAGAUGCCGUUAAAUGAUGUUAGAAAUGUUCAGGUGUUGGUCCUCUUGUGUAAAGGGUUUAAGAUGUGGAUGUCACAGACAAAUCCUUAUGUAACACUCAUGAGGUCUCUUGUGAGGUUUAAUUUUUAGAUUAGUUUCACAAAGCCCCCUCAGAGGUGUUGCUCUUCUCAUUCAUUGUGCUUCUUAUUUUUCCAUUGUUUUAUCUUGCACUACACUACAAAAGGCAGCUUUGCUGUCAGGCUCUUCAGCUACAGGCAUUAAUCUGUGUAAUGGAUUUUGGGACCCCAGCUCUGGUCACUUUUCUCCCCUUCCAGUGCUUCCAACAUUUAUCAACAGCUCAUGAAAUGCGACAAAGGCACACCAGAAUUUUACAAGCAUAUAGAGGAAGCCAGCUUUUCCUCUAAGCAUGUCUGUUGAACCAGUAGUGCACUGAGAACUCUCCCUAAAUCCUUGGUUUGGCAACCUCUCCCAAAUGUUUGUAGUAAAUAAUUGCCCCAUGUACAGAGUGUCAUUCUGUACUCUGUUGCUAUGCGUCACUGUUUGGGAAUAAUGAUGUGGUAACCAGGACACUCAAACUCUUUGAUCAGUCCAACCCAAAUUGGAAGCUUGACCCCUCCUUCCUCUUAAACAAUUAAAAGUAGUUAUUUAUUGUUAACUUGCUCUUAUGGUUUGAAUGCAUGGUUUGGAACAGAACCAAAUAUGGUUUAAACGCCCAAGAGGCCAAUUCUUUUUGGUAGUAUUCCAGGUAGCAUUUUGCUGUGACAUUUAGCGUGACUACAGGCCCAGUAUCUGAACACUUGCUGAAGUAACCAUUUUGAGGAAUCGGAGUGCGGAGCUUUGUAAUGCUGGAAUCAAGACCUUAAGUUUUUCCUGUAAAACUUGAUCGCAUCCACUCAGACGCUGCAGCGCAUCAUGCUUGGGUCCAGCCUUCGCGUUAGCUCACCUGAUGACCCUGCUAGACCCUUGCCUUUGCAGUAGCCUUGUGUGCUAGUCUGCGGAACCGUGGGAACGUGCGCACCUCCCAGCCCUCGAGAGAAACUACCUUGGGGGCUGAGGUGUGCUAGACUGCUUUAAAAGAAACGGCUACACCAGACGUGCAAAAGUUGCUAAAAAUGAAUCUACGCUACUAGCCACUAAUUAGCAUGACAUUCGCGCCGUACUGGUUGGCUAGUUGUUUGCUUUCAUUUAUGGUUAGCAGUGUUGGUGGUUUUGGUAUUUUGUUCUUUGAAGUAGUGGUGCCAUUGUCAGCUGUGCAGAUGGGAUCGUUUAGCAGCACCCCCUGCUUGGCUGGUGGAGUUAUGCAAUUCCUGCUGUGUAACCAACGCUAGUGAGAGGCGGCUUGGCUGUCGCACUUGACGCAUUUAGACCUUUUAGAGUUUCUGUAGUUGCCUUAACAUUAUUUUUGUUUUGUUUUGUUUUUUUUGUGGAUUUUUUUUCUUUAGGUACCAAAGAAUAAACUUGGUGUGUAUAUAUUAAGCAUAUAUUCUUUGUCCACUCUGUAUGGACAACUGAGGGGGAGGGGUAAAAUAAAUACAUUUUUUUUGUUGGGGAA